CUGAAGGGCAAGGAAAGCAGCAUUGAGAAUGAGAUUGCUGUUCUCAGAAAAAUCAAGCAUGAAAAUAUUGUUGCUUUAGAAGAUAUUUAUGAGAGCCCAGAUCACCUGUACCUCAUCAUGCAGCUACAGUUAGAGCACAUCUCCGGAGCUGUCGCGGAGGGUCAGCACAAUCCGGAGCACCACUGCACUAACCGUCACGAAAUACUUGUGUUUGCACUAAGCACCAGCACGACUGCACUCACCCAGGACUGGUGACCGUGUGUUCCUUUUUGUUCGGGACUGUGCCCUGUUUUGUUACCCCCGUGCUUUACACAUUGGUGUGUAUAGCCGGGGAUUUAUUAGUUGACGGUCACCAGACCUGGAUUAUAAAUAAAACACCAUUUUUCCACUGUAUACCGUUGUCUGCCUGUUCACUCCUGCAUCGCAUCACCGCUACACCUGUUCCCCUUCACUAGCCACUUUGCCACACGUGGUGUCAGACUAAGGAUCAUGGACCGCAACGCACUGGCGGAGCUGCUGCAGGCGCUGGAGAGCAGACGCGACGCAGAGGAGAGAAGGAGGGAGGAGCGCUACACGGCGCUCAUUGAACGGGUAGGGCUGGCCGUGGCUGCAGCGACGGCCCCUACCACAACACCGCGGAUGUCGCCCCCGAAGGCACGGGCGAUGAAGAUGUCGGCGGAGGAUGACCCGGAGGCGUAUCUGGUGGCGUUUGAGCGGCUGGCUACCGCGGCGGCUUGGCCGCGGGAGUACUGGGCCAGCCAGUUGGGACCCUGCCUGAUCGGAGAGGCUCAGGCAGCCUACCAAGCCCUGAGUGACCAUAACGCCACAGAUUACGACCUGGUCAAACAGGCUAUCCUCCGCCGUCUGAAUAUAACUACGGAGACCCACCGGGCGCGGUUUAGGGAGUACAGGAGAGCCCCGGAGACACGCCCCAGGGUGGUUGCAGAGCGGUUGUGCGACCACAUGGUGCAUUGGCUGACCCCCGGGAAGAAGACCGCCCAGCAGAUGGGGGAAGCCAUUGUGGUAGAGCAGUUCUGCCAUGUGGUCGGCGCCGAAACCCAGGCGUGGAUACGGCGCCACAACCCUGACACCCUGGAGGAGGCGGUCAAAUUGGCGGAAGACUUUGAAGACUCCCUGACUUCUGCCCGGGUCGGGAUCCUGUCGGCCCCUGCCCUUCGGAGCAGCCGACCUCUCCCUCCCUCUCCUCCAACACCACCACCACCCCCUUUGUUCCCGGGACCCAGACCUCCGAGAGCGCCGACCCCAUUGGGCCCCCUUGCCUCCCCCCCAUGGAGACCAAGGUUGGCCCCCAGCUGGGGUAGAGGUGCUGCCCCUGCCCCGUUGCCAUACCAGCAGCGGGACAGAUUUCUACCCUAUGCCCCCUCUGUCCCUCCUAUCUGUUUUAGGUGCCACCAGCCGGGACAUCUGGCCAGGUCAUGCCCCGCUGCCAUGGAGUGUGACGUGGCCGCGUGCAAUUGGGCACCUGAAACUGGUAAGCAGGGGGAAAAUGGUCGGGAGGGGCCUUGUUUGAUUAAUGUUGUUUUAGGGAAUGUGAAAACCCACGCAUUAGUGGACACAGGGUGUGAGCAAACCUUGAUUAGGACAGCUCUCCUGGGCGGUGUGUCGUGGCGGCCACGAGGUCAGGUGGCCAUCUCCUGUAUCCAUGGAGACACGGCGGCAUACCCCACCUUAAAAGUAUAUUUAUCGGUAGGACCGAUAAAACGUCACCUUGUAGUCGGGGUGGCGGAAAGGUUGCCACACCCAGUUAUUCUGGGCCGAGACUGGCCAAAAUUCAAAGAAUUGAUGCAAAUAAUGGCAGUCUCAGCCACACACGUAAACGUGGCAGAAAAAAAAAAAAAGGAACGGAUUGGUGAUGUGUUUCCUUUUCACACUGAAAUGUUUUCCCCUCUUUUCCGUCCUAGAAAAACGAAUAAGGAGAGACGGACCGCAAAAUGGGAGGGAGCGUUGUUGAGACAAGGCUGGGGUCUGGUGGGAGAGUGCUGCAAUGGUAAUAAACGCCAGUCGAAGGGAGUGGGAACGCAGUGUGACCGAGAGAGCGAGGUUACUGGACCGACUAGAGCAGAGGUUAUUCCAGCCCCUCUCAAUGUACCGGACCCGUGGUACUCAAGCGCGGACCUAGUGUGGGGCCAACAUAACGACCCGUCACUGGUGCACGCUUGGGGACAGGUCCGGUCCAUUGAAGGUAAGGAUGUUGAAGGCGCUGGGGCGCUAGUAUAUCCACACUUCAGUAUCAAGGGGCAAUUACUGUAUAGGGUAAACCUAGCCGCGGGCACAGGACAGCCUGUAACACAAUUAUUGGUUCCCCCGUCUUGUCGGCUGGAGGUCAUGAGGCUGGCGCAUGAUAUCCCUUUUGCGGGGCACCUCGGAGCCGAGAAGACGAGGGAACGGAUAUUGGCUCGAUUCUAUUGGGUAGGUCUUCAUACUGAUGUGUCGAAAUAUGUAGCCACAUGCCCAGACUGCCAGCGAGUAGCGCCGGGUCGAGUGCGCCCCGCCCCUUUGGUCCCACUGCCGAUUAUUUCCACUCCUUUCGAGCGCAUUGCAAUGGACAUAGUCGGCCCUUUGCUACCUUCUGACUCCGGGUAUACGCACAUUUUAGUAGUGGUGGAUUAUGCAACGCGAUACCCGGAGGCAGUUCCAUUGAGGUCCACUAGUGCCGCUGCAAUAGCCACCGAGUUAGCACAGAUUAUGGCUAGAGUAGGGAUCCCCAAGGAGAUUUUGACCGAUCACGGAACUAAUUUUUUGUCCAAUACGUUACAGCAGGUGUACAAAAUAUUAAAAAUACGUCCCAUCAGGACGUCCGUUUAUCAUCCACAAUCGGACGGUCUGGUGGAACGUUUUAAUCAGACCUUAAAGUCGAUGCUGAGGCGAUUUGUAACACAAGAGCAAAAACAUUGGGCAUCACUUCUCCCCUACCUCCUUUUUGCAGUGCGAGAAGUGCCGCAGAGUUCAACGGGGUUCUCCCCCUUUGAGCUCCUGUACGGCCGGCAGCCUCGCGGCAUUCUCGACCUGCUGAGAGAGGGGUGGGAGGAGCACAAAGGCUCGUCUAAAAAUGUAGUGAAGUAUGUGCUCCUACUCAGAGAUCGCCUGGAUUUGGUCGGUCGUUUGGCCCGAGACAACCUCAGAUCGGCUCAGCACCGACAAGAGCAGCAUUACAACAAAAAUGCACGGAUUCGAACCUUUCGACCAGGGGACAAGGUAAUGCUGCUACUUCCCUCAUCAGAGUCAAAACUGUGUGCUAAAUGGCAGGGGCCGUAUGAGGUGAUUCGGGCUAUAGGGAAAGUAAAUUAUGAAAUUAGACAGCCCGAUCGCCGGAAUGAACGUGAAAUUUACCAUGUUAAUUUGUUGAAGCCCUGGCAGGCAAGGGAGGUCUUAUUUAUAGCCCCAGGCAAUAUGGAGGAUGAUUUAGGUCCCUGUCCAGAGACCCCGAGCACAAGAGCGAUUUCAAUGGGGGAACAAUUAGUUCCGGAUCAGCAACGAGAGCUGCGUAAGCUUAUUGAGGAGUUCAGCGAUGUUUUUUCUGAUGUGCCCGGCAGGACAAACUUAGUUGAAUAUGACAUUAUCUCUCCUCCAGGUGUCACAGUGCGAGAGAGACCGUACCGGAUCCCGGAAAGUCGACGAAGUGGCGUUCGCAAAGAGGUAUGGGAUAUGCUCGAGCUUGGAGUGAUUGAACCUUCCAGGAGCGAGUGGUGCAGUCCUAUUGUAAUAGUGGCUAAGAAGGACGGCACCAACCGCUUCUGCGUAGAUUUCAGGAAGGUAAAUGCUAUUGCUAAGUUCGAUGCGUAUCCCAUGCCUCGGGUCGACGAACUUUUAGACAGACUGGGAAAAGCGAGGUUUAUUUCCACUCUGGACCUGACGAAGGGAUACUGGCAAAUCCCUUUAACCCGCAGCUCCAGAGAGAAAACCGCAUUUUCAACACCAGAGGGGCUGUUCCACUUUAAAACCAUGCCAUUUGGGCUACAUGGUGCGCCCGCUGCCUUUCAGAGACUGAUGGACCAGGUUUUACGCCCACAUCAUGAAUAUGCAGCAGCGUAUAUUGAUGACGUGGUGAUUUACAGCUCCACCUGGCGAGAGCAUUUGGCUAGGGUUGCAGCCGUUCUUCAGUCUCUAAGGGCAGCCCGGCUGACAGCUAACUUAAGGAAAUGUGCGUUUGCCAAGACAGAGACUCAAUAUUUGGGAUUUUUAAUGGGAAAUGGAAGGGUGAGACCUGUGGUCACCAAAAUCCAGGCUUUGGUUGAUGCAGCGAUCCCCAAAACCAAGACUCAGGUGAGGUCACUACUGGGCUUAGCCGGUUAUUACCGCCGCUUCAUCCCCGAGUACGCCACAGUGGUUAACCCGUUAGUCGACCUCACCAAAAAGAGUGCUCCAAAUUUGAUUAAAUGGUCAGCUGAGUGUCAGGGGGCGUUUGAUAUGAUUAAGCGUAAACUUUGCCAGGCCCCCACCCUUAUUACCCCAGAUUUCACCAAGAGAUUCAUCCUCCACACCGACGCCUCGGAUGUAGGUUUGGGUGCAGUCUUGUCCCAAAAAGUAGCUGGAGUAGAACACCCGAUAUUGUACAUAAGCAAAAAAAUGUUACCUCGGGAACGUAACUACUCCGUAGUCGAAAAAGAGUGUUUAGCCAUUAAAUGGGCUACUCACUCUUUACGAUACUACCUGCUGGGACACUCAUUUGAUCUUGUCACAGACCACGCCCCCCUCAAGUGGUUAAGCACAAUGAAGGACAGCAAUGCCCGGAUAACUCGGUGGUAUCUGGCGUUGCAGCCCUUCAUGUACCACAUGGUACACCGUGCGGGGAAAGACCACCAAAAUGCGGAUUAUUUUUCCCGGGAGGGGGGAGUAAUGGGAAAGGUAGAUUUAGCCGAGUGUUCCUUCGGCUCCACUCUGAGCGGUGGGAUAUGUGACAGAAAUACAGUGAGUUCUGGUGAUAAAUCUUCCUCCCGACCUGUGAGGGCGCUAAAGAACGGGAGGAGAAGUAUCUGGAAGGGCUGGCCUGACAGUUCGUUUCCGGGACCGGAAAGUGGGUCAGCCUGGAAGGAAGCGAGACUCUGUUGUAAGACCGUAUUGAUUUGACAGGUAAACGAGGGGCAGCUGCAAGUAAUAAGGCAGCUGCAACCGCUUACCUAGAUAUCAUGCGGGAUUACAUAUAGGGGCCAGGGUAACGCUGUUCUUUUCCUUCGUUUUGGGUAAAGCGCGAGAGAGAGAAGGACUGAGAGAGGAGCUCUCAAUAAAUAAAAAAGAGACGUGAUACGGGGUUUUUGUGUUGUGUUUGUCUGUGUGGUAAUUGUUUGUGUUUUGCUUCACCAGACAGUUAGAGCACAUCUCCGGAGCUGUCGCGGAGGGUCAGCACAAUCCGGAGCACCACUGCACUAACCGUCACGAAAUACUUGUGUUUGCACUAAGCACCAGCACGACUGCACUCACCCAGGACUGGUGACCGUGUGUUCCUUUUUGUUCGGGACUGUGCCCUGUUUUGUUACCCCCGUGCUUUACACAUUGGUGUGUAUAGCCGGGGAUUUAUUAGUUGACGGUCACCAGACCUGGAUUAUAAAUAAAACACCAUUUUUCCACUGUAUACCGUUGUCUGCCUGUUCACUCCUGCAUCGCAUCACCGCUACACCUGUUCCCCUUCA